CAACAAAAAAACAUAAGCUAUCUACUAACCUAAAAUGUUUUUGGUUUAUGUAAAUAUGUUAUAUUUUAUCAAUCUUCAUUAUUUAAUUAUUUAAAUAUUGAGCUUAAUAGUUAGACAUCGAACCGAUCUGAUAUAUUUUACCCACCAGUUUCAAAGGGUAAUAAGUCAUAAUACAUUACUUGCAGUGAAGCCUACUAUUUGUAUACCUAGGUAUAGAUUGAAGUUAUAAGCCUAUUAGAAGUUUAAUAGCUCGAUAUGAAGCUGUCUCAACAAGUUGUGAUUGGUUUGAAAAGACUGGGAAAUCAAACUUUAGUUUCAGAAGAAUGUUUCAAAGUUCUUAUUCAAACAGCGUCCAAGAUACUGGCAGAUCAAACAAAACUAUCAGAUUCUAAAUUAAAUGAAAUUUGUGUCUCGAAACCUGACAUUGUGAAAGAAAGUUUUGCUUCACUCUUGAUACUACUUGUUGAAUCAUCAAGACACAAUUUGGAUGCAAACACGCUGACAUCAACUCUAGAGAACUAUAAUUUGAAUUCAUCCCGUCUUGAGAGCAUUGGCAACCUUUAUGAGACUUACAAGUCUCAGUUUCGGCUCUCAUUGGAAAGAAUCGGUACAUUUCGACCACAGAUUGUAGAUGUUAAAUGGAGAUUGGAUUUUUGUGUUAAGUCUAGUAGUCUUGAACAUGAGUCCCGCCCUUUGUUUUUCAUCCAGAUCAUCACAGAAAGUGUGAAAAGGACGACAUUUACCGAAGAGCAACCGAUCUUGAAGAAAUACAGUUUUAUAUGUUCGCUGCAACAAUUGCAAGAGCUUGUGACAAAACUUAGAGAUGCCACACGGUUGAUCCACUCUAUUGCCAAUACUAAGGGAUGACCCUCCAAAUUAAUUAAGGACACAUUAUUUUAAAAGUAAAUCCUUAUUUUGUAUAUUUCUCUUUAUUGUUUUAUUAAAUUGUUUUUAAAAUGUAUAUAAAAGUGAAUAAAGUAAUAAGUGAAUAAAUGUA